AUGAUGUCUAGUUCUAGAUUAGUCUCAAGACUAAUAAUCUUCGUGAUAAUCUCCACAGCUUUCUUCACCGUCGGAUCGAUUCGAUUGUUCGCAGAUGAAAGAUUAUCAUUCGACGAUGCAUCUUCAGAUUUCAUGGAGGCUCCGGCAUACCAAAACGGACCCGAAUGCUCUGUUUUAGCGAAAAACAGACUCUUAUUAGCUUGUGAUCCUUCAGCUGUUCAUGUAGCCAUGACCCUUGACCCAGCUUACUUACGUGGCACGGUUUCUGCAGUCCACUCCAUUCUCAAACACACCUCUUGCCCUCAAAACAUCUUCUUCCACUUCAUCGCUUCGGGCUCGAACCACGGUCUGCUCGCAAAGACCCUCUCCUCUGUUUUCCCUUCCCUGAGUUUCAAAGUCUACACCUUUGACGAAACCAUCGUCAAGAAUCUAAUCUCUUCGUCUAUACGACAAGCUCUCGAUAGUCCCUUGAACUACGCAAGAAGCUACUUGUCCGAGAUUAUCUCGUCGUGUGUUCAACGAGUGAUCUAUCUCGACUCGGAUGUGAUCGUGGUCGACGAUAUCCAGAAACUAUGGAAGAUUUCUCUAUCCGGGUCAAGAACAAUCGGCGCGCCAGAGUAUUGCCACGCCAAUUUCACCAAAUACUUCUCAGAUCGUUUCUGGUCAGAUCGAAAACUCUCUCGAGUCUUCGAUUCCAAAACUCCCUGCUAUUUCAACACGGGAGUGAUGGUGAUCGACUUGGAGAGAUGGAGAGAAGGAGACUACACGAGAAAGAUCGAAGAUUGGAUGAAGAUUCAGAGAGAAGAGAGGAUCUACGAGUUGGGUUCUUUGCCGCCUUUUCUUCUGGUGUUUUCAGGCGAGAUUGAAGCGAUUGAUCACCAAUGGAACCAGCACGGUCUAGGUGGAGACAACGUCGUGAGUAGCUGCAGAUCGUUGCACCCUGGUCCGGUGAGUUUGUUACAUUGGAGUGGGAAAGGGAAGCCAUGGGUGAGGCUUGAUGAUGGUAAGCCUUGUCCAGUUGAUUAUCUAUGGGCUCCUUAUGAUCUUCACAAGUCACAGAGACAGUAUCUUCAAUACAACCAAGAGUUAGAAAUUCUUUGA